GUACGCUUUGAUCCCUUCCCCAAGAGCAGACCCCUCCAACACCCCUUGGUUUAAACCAACUGGUGGUGUUGGAUCCCUCCUGGCCCCCAGUAAGUCCAGCAUCUCGUCCCACUCCUCUCCCAACUAACAGCCCCCCACCGUGGCAGGCCUCAAGGGGCACCCACGUAGCGGUACCUAGAGCUGCGGCAGGUAGGGAAACCCUAAAACCCCUUGGUGUCUUUGCCAUAGCUGUCACACAGCACCAGAAAACACCGGAUUUAUCAUCCUGCCUGAAUUCAUGGCGGCGAGUGAGUCGGGACGUGCUGGAUGUCCAGACGGCAGCAAAGGCAGCCUUAAUAUUUGCCUUUUUCAGAACCAGGGAAGCGCAUUUCCAACAAAACGCCGGGCAUGGUGCUCUUCCCCUCCUGCUUGUGCAAGUCUCCUCCUCUGUGUCCUGCUGUGUCCAUGUCCUGCUCCCAGCCUGUUCUGUGCCAUCCCAUUCCACCCCCGCAGGCCAUUCCCUCUUUUAACACCUGGAUUUGAGAGCAGGGGGACCUGAGGCUGCAGGUUUGUUCUCCCCUCUGCUUGCGGGGGGCUUUCUGUUCCCCCUGCCCAGUGUCACCCUGAAGUCUCAACCCAAAGAGAAAGGCUUCACAGCUCCUGGGUGAGAAAUGGCCAAAUCCAUCCCAGAAAGGCAAGCAUGCCCUGGGAGAGGGUAAUCCUGAGACUUCUCAGCUUCUGGUGUUACUUGUGCAGUAAAGACUCAGGGCUGAGCAAUUUAAACAACAACAGGAGCAUCUUGUGAGUGCCUGCCUCAGCAGGGGGCCAAAAGUGUCUCAGUUCACCUAAAUAAGGAUUUCUGCUGGUAUGGGUUUUUAUUGGCUUUUCUCUACAUCUGUCCUUCUCACUUAUUCAACUUGCUGUCCACUUUACCCUUUUCUAUUUGUAAUAUAUUCAACCGUCGUCUUCAUCUCUCUUUUCAAUGUGCAAUUCCUUUGCUUUGCUUUACCAGGGUGUCCCAUCCUGGUGUUCUUGAGUUACCCUUUGGACUGACAUUACUCACUCUGUGCUGGCAAGACCAAAUCGCUCCUGGGCACCCUCUUGCUUUGGCCACAAAUUCCCUUCUCCGCUCCUUGAGACCUGGCCAGGGGUGGGAGGUGUGGGCGAGCAGCAACGUUUCUUGGAGCACCUUUUACUUGUUAAGCUUUAAUGGGAUCAAAGUGGUUAUUAAUAGCAUUAAGCUCAUUCGCUCGUAGCUCACCACCUUGCCUUCCUUUGCAGUUGUCUGGUUGAAGCUCCAUCCCCAGCUGCGGUAGGCUCCCUUUGGUAUCUGGGUGCUGGGGGUUUCAGAAAAUCCCUCAGAAAGACCUCGUUCUGUCACUGUAAUCCCACAAACUCCCGUCCAUGUCUAGCAGCCACCAAGUUAUACCAAAUUACAUCCCCCAUCAUGAAUGCCAGUGUGGUCCAGUGGCCUCGGACAGACUCAGCGGUGUCUUUGUGCCAGAGUUUAUCGGUUUUUGCAGGUCCAACCCUACCAGCAGGUCUCCAGCACUUAGCCGUUCUUGGGAGGCUUUGGCAUGCUGCCUUCCCAGCCCGUACUUUUCCUCUCUUCUGCUUUGUACUCUCUGGCAGCUGUUUCCCUGCUCACUCCCACAGGAGCCCCUUCUUGGGUGCCUUUAGGGCAGUUUCGUGUCUGGCUUUGUGGCAGCUUCCUCGCCAUGUUGGCAUCGGGUCGGUGGGAGUGCUCUCCUCUGUGCAACGUGGUGCUUGGAGGCUCUUAAAGCAUCUGCUGCUCCUGAUGUCCCCUCCGUCCCACUGCCUCUCACCAGGAUGUCUCCGGACAUGGAAGGGGCUGCCAUGGAAGGGCAGCUGGGUCCUCCAGCCUGCGAGCCCCCCUUUUCCCAGAGACUCUCCCCACUUUCUGAAGGAGAUGGGCCUGAAAGUGAAGAAGAGCGGGAGGAGGCUCAGGAGGAGGACACAGCUGGGGCACAGCCAAGAGAAGAGCAAGGGGAAGGCUCCCCAGAGCAGCUGGGGCAAGCCUCUCCGCACCACUCGGGACGGUGCUGCCGCAGGCAAGGCUCUCUCUCCCCUCGGGGUGCAGGCAGGCCCUGCCAGAAGACUGGUGAGAGCGAGGCGGCUUCCCCAUGCCACCAGGCGCUGGGGGAGCUGCGGCCAUGCCGGCGGAAGCACCGGCUGUGCCUGAAGCCUGAGACAAGCCGAGCCCCUGCAUCCCCAGGACACGGGGAGAGUGCUGAGGAGCCAGGACCCUCCCAGGGGAAGAGGCUGCGAUUGAUCUGGGGCCGGACAGGUGACUUCAGACAGAGGGAGAUGGAGAAUGGGUUGGAGGAGGCACCACAGAGCAGUGAGGAAGAGGAGAGACGGUCUCGGUCCUGCUCCCCUGAGCUGACUCUUUCUGAUGAUGCCCGUCCCAAGCCGGACUUUGUACAGCUGAUUGACGAGCGUGGGAUCUACUCCACUGCCAAGCUGGUGCUGGGGAGCGCGGUGGGCGAGCUGGAGGAGGCAGCAGUAGGGCUGCCAGCCCACCCAAAGCGGGGAGCGAGCGGCAUCGGUGAGCUGGAGAUCCGUGAGGUGAUUGUGGACGAGAAGCCCUUCCAGUGCGGCGUCUGCGAGAAGGCCUUCAAGCGGGCCUGGGAGCUCUUCAGCCACGAGGUGGUACACAACGAGGAGCGUCCCUUUCGCUGCGACCUCUGCCAGGCCUCCUUCAAGCGCCACUCGGACUUCAAAAGCCACCGACUGGUCCACACAGAGGAGCGACCUUUCCGCUGCGAGCUCUGCGGCAAGCGCUUCAAGCGUUCCUCCAACCUCCAAGAGCACCGGCGCAUCCACAGUGGCGAGCGUCCCUUCCGCUGCCCACGCUGCGCCAAGAGCUUCAAGACCCCCUAUGAGCUGCAGCGCCACGCGCUCACCCACUGCGCUGAGAAGCCCUUCAAGUGUGCCGACUGCGGGAAGGACUUCCCCACCUCCAACGCCCUCCUCCUGCACCAGCGCCAGCACUGCGAUGACAAACCCCAUGUCUGCGGGGUCUGUGGGAAGAAGUUCACCUACGGGCACAGCCUCAAGGUGCACGAGCGGGUGCACACGGGUGACCGCCCCUUCGUCUGCCCGCUCUGCGGCAAGGGCUUCAAGCAGUCCAACGCCCUCUCCUCCCACGAGCGGGUGCACACCGGUGAGCGCCCCUUUGUCUGCAAAACCUGCGGGAAGGCCUUCAAGCAGUCGUCCUACCUGGUGAUCCACGAGCGGGCACACACAGGGGAACGCCCUUACAAGUGCGAGGUGUGUGGGAAGGCCUUCGCCCGGCCCUCCUUGCUCCUCCAACACCACCGCGUACACAGCCAGGAGCGGCCCUACAAGUGCAGCUUCUGCCACAAGUUCUUCAAGGACCUGGCCUACCUGGCCGUGCACGAGAAGGUGCACACGGGCGAGACCCCCUACAAGUGCAGUGUCUGUGACAAGGGCUUUGCUCACCCCUCCAACCUGCUGCAACACCAGCGCGUGCACCGCGAUGGCUGAGCCCCAACGCGGUGAGUGCAGCCACGGUGUUGCCAGGCCACGGUGGCUGUAAGCACGCCACCGCCGAUCGCAGACAAGCCCCAGGCUGGGGGACCCUGUACAUGUGCCCAAGGACCAGCGCGGACUCCCCAAAAGCUGCGGCGCUUCUCCUGAGCUACAGCCCUUCACCAAGCCUGGACCCGUGCCAUGCUCUCCUCCUCCCUCCGUGGGGGGUGAUCCCAGCAGGACCCUCCCCAAGCCCGUGGGCCAGGGUGGUUGCAAGCUCCUGGCAGGCAUGCCGUGGCUCAUGGCAUGGCAUGCCGUGGCUCGUGGCACACUGCCGGUGGGCAGGCAGGAGUCCUCUUCUUUGCCCUCGUGCGGGGAGGAGGGCUGAGACGCUCCCCCCCCCUUAAGUCAUCCCAAGACCCCCUCCCCAGUCAUGCCAGAGAGCGUGGCUCAGCCUGGGCUGGGGGCUCCCAGGGAGUUGGGGCGUGCUGUUGCCUGCAGGAGGGGACAAACUUGCCUGUUUUUUGGGAGGGAGAUACGACGAUGGUACGGGCAGCGGAAAGGAUUACGGGGAAGAGAGGAGCAGGCACCUCCCUCUCCCCCUGAAGCCUUUUGGGGUUCAAGUGUCCCGUCCAUAUCUCAUGCUGCUGCUAAUGACCUGGUUAAUCAUCCCCUUUUUUUCUGCCCCAGGGUGCUGGUGAGGCUGGUAGGGAGCAGAAAAGAGGGGGGGGGACAUGCUGCUGCCGUCCACUUUGGGAGCCUCAGCAAGCAACCCUCCAGCUGCUCCUGGGACUUUCCAGGCAGGAACCUGGAUCAGGUAUGGGCAAGUGAGACAUGACCAGCACCCUGCAUCAUCAUCAUCCUCCUCUCGCUUCCCAGAGCUACCCCUGCGCUGCUGCCGGAGCCUGGAUUUGUCCCCCCUUGGCUGAUGGCUGCUGGGCAGAGGGUGGCACAUGGACCUUUGCUUGCGAGGGCGAGACAGGAACCAUGUCCUUGCCCGUACUGGUGCCCUUGUGCUGUCCCUCGGACUCCUGAAGAUCCCAGGUCCCACCCUGUCCCCCUUUUCGUAUGGUUCCUGUAGCGCUGGGAACUGGGGGGUGGGAUGUGCGUGCUCCUCUGCGCUCUGCACACUAAUUACAGGAUGGUUAUUUGACAACAGCUCUGUCUUAUUGCCUCUUCUACCUCAUGGCUGUGUCCAGCUGGGUCUUGACAUGGGCUUUUGGUGCUGGUAUAGUCCUUGGUGGUCUCACCUUCCUGGUACCUUCCCACCCAGUACUUUCUCCCAGGAUCCUUCAGACAUGGGCGGGAGGUCACCUGGCACGUGUUGCUGGCAGACAUGGUAAGGAGA